CGACAACCGCCUUCCCCGCUCCCUGCGACCAGCCCACCGCAAAUGAGACCCAGAAACAAGGGGGAGAGGGCGUGCAUUGAGGUGCGCCUGCCAGCGUGCGAGAGAGAGUGCGUGCGAGAGAGAGAGGGGAGCGAGCUGGAGAGAGCGAGCGAGCGAGCGAGAGAGAGACAGAAAGCCCGUACGACUCUGUUGAGACAGCGAGACGGGACGUGCACCGCUGCGUGGAAAGCGUUAACGCUGCCCGGCCGCUCAGCACCACGGACAGCGCCCGGUCGCUGAGGAUAUUGCUGUGCCGUCCUUAGGCUGCUGUAUAUGGUAACACGGCAUCCUCCUGCUACCGCUGCUCCUCGUCCCGUUCGCCUUCAGCGUCGUUUGGAAGCUGCUUCUUAGGCAAGACAAGAGUUUUGCAUCACUUGCGAUAGCAUUGUAGGCGAGUGAAACUAUAUAUUGCUAUUUUGUUGUGGUCUGUGUGUGUGUGUGUUUUUUUUCAUCCCCUCCUUCAAAUUGGAUUUUGUCGGUUGGCUAUUUGUGCUGCGUAUUUGGAGAAAAUCCGUGGCUCCGAGAGGUUGUGCCGAAGCGGACUGUCUCCUCCUGACCGUAACCGCCGCUGCUUUCUGCACCCAGCUAAAAUCCGGCGUCGCUCAACGCAAUUUCAGAUCCCUAAGCCUAUUAGUACGACCGCAGUAGGAGUAGUAGGAGUGAUGCUAAGCAUUGUUGUCCGUAGUAUGUUGGUAAAACAUUCCUAGCACUUCCAAGUGAACAUACUCUUCCUCGGUGCAAAUGGAUAACGCCGUCGAUUAUUUUGAAGAAAUAUUUUGCUAAGAUACUUUGUUUGCUAAGGCGAAAACAUUGUCCGGUGAUUCUGAGUCGAGUUGGAUAUGAUUAUAAUUAUUAUUACUUUCCGUGCAUUUUUUUUAAUUUAAUUAAAAAUUUUGCUCGCCCUACGAUCGUUCAGUCGUGCAGGCAUCACCGUGGCUCCGAUCGCAUCGAUUCGCUUUUGGAUCCGCUGCAUCGCUUCUUAAUUCACCACACAAGGAGGACUCUAACACCGCCAAGGCUCUCUCUCGCGCACACGUGCACACUGAAGGCGCGGUUGGCGACGUACGGAGCGAAAGAAGUUCAACAUACAUACAAAGGACGCCUCUCGCUCAAUCACACAACUGCUACUGUUCCUACUACGACUACUACAACUACGAGACUCAACACUGGGCGUGAGUGAGUGAGCGCGGAGGAAAUAGGAAAGGAGAGGCGAAGAGAAGGGGGGGGGGGGGGCGGGUGUUGUGGGGGGGUCGAUUUGCACCGCGGUUGCAUCCCACUCCUUCGUCUGACGUACGUGGAUGGGAGCCGCACACUACGUUUGAAGCCCAUGGCAGAAGCGCCCUGCACCUCCUCGUAAAAGAGCCGCCUCGCGCGUCGGGCGAGUCCCGAGAGUCGCGUGCGGAGUGCGCUGUGGUGGCGUGCGCGCCCGCACUCCCCGCUACAUGUCCACGCGCCCGCGCUGCCAGGGCACGCUGGUGGCACGCGAGCAGCAGCGGCAGCAGCAGCAGCGGCAGCGGCGGCGGUCGUCGUCGUCGUCGUCGCUGGCGAGGAGCGGGCGAGAAUCCCCGAGUCGUCUCUCCAGCGGAGGAACCCGCCACGCGGCGUCCUUCGAGGAUGGGAGGGCCGUCGAUGGGCAAGCGGAGGCCGCUCACCGACGCUUUGCUCCUCUCUCUGCUCGGGUUGAUCUGCCUGCAGCUUGCGCCAGCGUCCGCGCGGGUCCGAGCUCCAACAGGGCCUAUGCGGAUGGGCACGUGCGAGGUGCUCAAAGCGCACCGCUGCUGCAACAAGAACAAGAUCGAGGAGCGCUCGCAGACCGUCAAGUGCUCGUGCCUGCCCGGUCAGGUGGCCGGCACCACGCGUACGCGCCCGGGCUGCGUCGAUGCGUACAUCGUGAUGGAGAAGUGGUGGUGUCACAUGCAGCCGUGCAACGACGGAGAGGAGUGCAAGGUGCUCCCGGACCGCACCGGCUGGAGCUGCUCCUCCGGCAACAAAGUGAAAACCACCAAGGUCACCCAAUAGUGGUGAGGAAGUGGAUGAGAGGAUGAUGAGCGGGACUCAUAAUUCUCGGACAAGUCCCGCGGUGGGUGGAUUGGGGGGGUGGGGGGUGGUGGUGGUGGUGCCAUCGCACGCGACGUCGGGAGCAGAGAGGCGACGACGCGGAGCGGUUGGAGGGCGAACGCAGCGGGAGACGUGGGGGGACUCUUUGGGAGGUCACAGCAGCAGCAGCGGCGGCGGCGGCGGCGGUGGCGACGGCGCACACGGGAGCGAUCCUGAUGGCAACGCGCGGAUUUGUCCCCCGUGAAUAUCGGGAGCGGAAAUAUUUCAGAGUGUCGUGAGAACUUCUACGUGUGAUCCUAAACCGAGAAGACUUGCCUAUGGCGUCGGCCUGCAACGAAUACGUGUUCCACAAUGCACGAUAUUACAUUUCAGCCGGAAGAUUCGACGACGCCACAAGUGAUUUUUUUAAAUUUAGUUUUUCCCCUGCAAAUAAAUUAUUGAAUCUUUUUUUUGGAAUCCGUUUAAAAAAAAGUUCACGCUCAGCAUACCUUUUAUUUUCUUCGUCUGCACAUUGGGCUGUCUUCAACUUCAUAUUCGUCUUUGUGGCAAGCUUCAAGAUGUUUGCUUUGGGUGAGACGUUUCUCCGGACAAAACGCUAUGAACUGUAAGAAGGGGGGGGGGGGGGAAAAAACAUGAAAAACGAAAGAAAUACGUACAAAGUUCAUAGGAUUGAAAUGUCACAAUUUUUUUUAAAUGAAUCAUGUAGAAUAGUAGAAAUUUAAAUAAAUACUGCUGCUUUGGCAUUAUUAUUAUUAUAUUUAGCUUUUUCAGGUUUAGCGGACUGGAAAUGUGCAUCCAUUUGGAUACGGGGGAAGUUCUGCUGACAAAAGUAAAUAUGUGUUCAGUGAUAUUUAUUUUUUAUGGUAAUAAUUACCAAGAACGGGCAAUUAAAACAUGCAGUAUGGUCAUGGGAAUUUUGAGUCAAAUAUUAGAUACGUUUCAAAUGUUUUAAUUAGUAGAUCUGGAGCUUGACUAGUUAUGCAAACAUAUUGCAUUUAAGUUAUUAUCUGCAAUGUAUGGUAGAAAGAUUAAGUUUAAUUGCCGUUGCUGUGGUUGUACAUUGGUCGUUGAAGACUAUGGAUGCUUUCUAAAAAUCGAGUAAUUUAGUUUGUAAAAUGAAAACCUACGAACGAUCUCAUAUAAUCGGCAACGAUUAUUUUCCAGAUAAAAAGCGAAUAUAAAUCCCCACCCAGCUGUUAAUUUUAAAGUUACGUACAAUUUAAUUUUCUGCAAGUUGUGUGACAAGGCUAUAUGGAAAGGCAACACAAGCUGGUGAAAUGAAUAUCAAUAUCUUACACUCAUCAUACUUGUGCUCAUUUUAUUAUUAAUGCCAAAAUCUUCACAUUAAGGUAUAUAUUGAAUAAACUACAUAUGUUAGUUUUCGUUUCAGCCAGGCAUUUAAUGAACGUUCUUUGUUAGAAAAGAAACAGUUCCAUCGCACCUGAGAAAAGGUUAUUAUUAUCUUCAAAUUGUUCUUGUAAAUAUCAUACCCAUUAAAGGAAUCUCAAAAGCAGA